AUGCAAGCUAUAACAUAUCAUGGACCUCAUAAAGUUGCUGUUGAAACCGUAGAUGUACCGAAAAUUAUUGAACCAACUGACGCUAUUGUGAAAAUUACCGUUUGUGGUUUGUGUGGAUCGGAUCUUCAUGCCUAUAGGGGGGAUCAAAGCGGAGUUGAUAAAGGAACUAUAAUGGGCCAUGAAUUUGUUGGAAUAAUUCAUGAAAUUGGAAGUGAAAUAACAAACUUGUCGAUUGGUGAUCGUGUUUUGUCACCCUUUUCGACAUCUUGCAGUACUUGCUAUUAUUGUGAGCGUGGAUUAACGUGUCGUUGUGAGAAAGGUCAAUUAUACGGAUUUUUAUCAGAUGGGCAAGGAAUUCAUGGAGCUCAAGCAGAAUACAUUCGGGUUCCACUCGCUUCUUCAACAUUAGUUAAGGUUCUACCAGACAUUACGGAUAAUGUAGCAUUGCUUCUUGGAGAUGUGUUAUCAACAGGUUACUUUUGUGCUGAAAGUGGUUUGGAGCAUUUAGAAGUUGAACUUCGUCAAGUUAGCGUUGUUGUGAUUAUUGGAUGCGGACCUGUUGGAUUAAUGGCUAUUUUAUCUUCAAUUUUUCUUGGCGUCAAGUUUGUUUUCGCUAUUGAUUGUAUUGAGGAACGAUUAAAACUUGCUGAAGAAUUUGGCGCUGCCGCUUUGAACUUUGUUGAUUGUGAUCCUGUGGAGAAGAUCAAGGAAGUAACUUCCGGAAGGGGUGCUGAUGUCGUGUUGGAGGUAGUGGGUAAUCCUGCGGCGCUUCAAUUAGCAUUUAAAAUACUCAGAAACGGCGGAGUGCUGUCUAGUGUUGGUGUUCACAAUUCACCAACUUUUCCGUUUAGUCCAAAUGAUGGGUACAAUAAAAAUCUUACAUAUAAAUCAGGACGAUGUCCAGUAAGAAAGAUGUUAACAAAAUCGAUUCCGUUUGCUCUUUCUAAGCAAUUUGAUUUCGAAAAGAUUAUUACUCAUUCGUUAAAAUUGUCAGAUGGUGAAAUGGCUUAUAAUAUUUUUGAAAAAAAGUUAGAUGGAUGUAUUAAAGUUGUAUUCAAGAUUUAA